CGCUCGGGCCGCCAUCUUGUUCCCAGGGGCAGUUGGCGGAAGAGAUCGCGCUCCUCGGCUGCCCGCUCUACGUUGCUCCCGGAGUUCUCGCCGCCCGCGUCUGGCGUUCGUCCCCGGCCCGGGGUCCGUGUGUCGGCGUACCCCUUGCAGUCCCUCGCUCGGCGGGGACACAGCGCGGCGGGCUCCCCGUCCCGGCGGCCUUCCAUGGAGUAGGUCCGGGACCGUUGUCCCGAAGAGCGCGAUCGAGCUUGGGCCCCCUCCUCCCGCCCUCCUUCCUGCCGCGGCCAACAUGGCUAACAACAGCCCCGCGCUGACAGGCAACUCGCAACCGCAGCACCAGGCGGCCGCGGCCGUGGCCCAGCAGCAGCAGCCAUGUGGCGGCGGCGGCGCCACCAAGCCCGCCGUGUCGGGCAAGCAAGGCAACGUGCUGCCGCUGUGGGGCAACGAGAAGACCAUGAACCUCAACCCCAUGAUCCUCACCAACAUCCUGUCGUCGCCUUACUUCAAAGUGCAGCUCUACGAGCUCAAGACCUACCACGAGGUGGUGGACGAGAUCUACUUCAAGGUCACGCAUGUUGAGCCAUGGGAGAAAGGAAGCAGGAAAACAGCUGGCCAGACGGGGAUGUGCGGAGGGGUUCGAGGUGUUGGAACAGGAGGCAUUGUUUCUACAGCUUUCUGCCUGCUGUACAAAUUGUUUACCCUGAAGUUAACAAGAAAGCAAGUGAUGGGUCUCAUAACACAUACAGACUCUCCAUAUAUCAGAGCCCUUGGAUUCAUGUAUAUAAGGUAUACACAACCUCCUACAGACCUGUGGGACUGGUUUGAGUCCUUCCUUGAUGAUGAGGAGGACCUAGAUGUGAAAGCUGGUGGAGGCUGUGUAAUGACCAUUGGAGAGAUGCUUCGUUCUUUUCUUACAAAACUGGAGUGGUUUUCUACUUUAUUUCCAAGAAUUCCAGUUCCAGUUCAGAAGAAUAUUGAUCAGCAGAUUAAAACUCGGCCUAGGAAAAUUAAGAAAGAUGGAAAGGAAGGUGUUGAGGAAAUAGACAGACAUGUUGAGCGAAGGCGUUCCAGAUCUCCAAGAAGAUCACUGAGCCCACGGAGGUCUCCACGAAGAUCAAGAAGUAGAAGUCAUCAUCGGGAGGGCCAUGGAUCUUCUAGUUUCGACAGAGAAUUAGAAAGAGAGAAAGAACGCCAGCGACUAGAGCGGGAAGCCAAAGAAAGAGAGAAAGAAAGGCGAAGAUCUCGAAGUAUUGAUCGGGGCUUAGAUCGCAGGCGCAGCCGGAGUAGGGACAGGCACAGAAGUCGCACUCGGAGUCGUGAUAGGAAAGGGGAUAGAAGAGAUAGGGAUCGAGAAAGAGAGAAAGAAAAUGAACGAGGUCGAAGACGAGACCGAGAUUAUGAUAAGGAGAGAGGCAGUGACCGAGAAAGGGACAGGGAGAGGUCAAGAGAGCGCUCCAAGGAGAGAAGAAGUAGGGGUGAGGGAGAAGAGAAGAAGCACAAAGAAGACAAGGAGGAUAGGCGGCACAGAGAUGACAAAAAAGAUUCCAAGAAAAAACACAGCAGAAGUAGAAGCAGAGACAGGAAGCACAGGAGUAGGAGUAGGAGCAGAAAUGCAGGGAAGCGGAGCAGGAGUAGGAGCAAAGACAAGUCAAGCAGACAGAAAAAUGAGAGCAAAGACAAGUCAAACAAAAGAAGUAGAAGUGGCAGCCAAGGAAGAACUGGCAGUGUUGAAAAACUGCGGAAACAAGAACACAGCGCUAGUAGAGAAAAGUCUAGAAAGCGCAGCAGGAGCCAAGACCGUUCCCACAAGAGAGAUCACAGUGAUAGCAAGGACCAGUCAGACAGACAGGAUCACCAGAGUGGAGAGCCAGAGAGCCAAGAAAAAGAACACAAAGACAGCGACGAGACUGUGUGAAGAUUCUGUAAAAUUGGAUCACAUUGAAUCCUAUAAAUGUUGAUUAAAUUCUGCUUUUUUCCCCCCAAGUUGAGAUUGUGCAGUAGUUAUGCACUCUGAGCUCCCUGUAGGCUGUGUUUUCAUUUCUUUUGUGUAGGGAAGUGCCUUUGUAAUCCCAUUAAGCAUUGUUUUCACCCAGUUGAGUUGACACAUAAUGCAUAGAUUGUUUUUGCAUUUUUGUUUGUUUUUAAAAUGUACAGUCUGUACAUACGUCCUGAAAAUGUUUUAAUUCUUUUGGCAUGAGCCAUGUUGGUUAAAUUUGUAUAAGGCAAUAAACUGCCACUAAUUCUAUUUUUGUUUUGUGGGUGUGGGAUUAUGGUUGUGUACUGCAGUUAGCAUGGCUGUGCUUUUCAUAAUAGAAUGCUAAAGACUUUGGGAAUGGAUCUUGGAUGUUUGUUUUAGGAGAAUUAUGUGCUUUCAAUAUACACGAAAGCAACAGUUGUAGGGUUAACAUUCUUGUCCACUGUAUAUUACCUUGGAAGCUCUUGUUAAUAUGUUAUACUUAAUAAUUUCCACAGUUAAUGUUAGAGAGAAUUUAUAAGAGGUUUAAAUUAGGCUGUGAUUUGAUCAAAAGUCCUUUUAGCGUUCUACCUCAAAGGGACACUGUUAGUAUGCCUAAAAUCUAUUCACUUAGUUUAAUUUUUUUUUUUAAACCACAUUUACUUGUGCUCCUCACCCCACCCGAAAUUCUUUCUCAGAUUUUAAAAGUACUAUAUUGAAGACGUGUAAAGCCUGGCAUUGCAGCAACCCUGUACUGAAGUGAUGGGGAGAGGGCGGGGCACAUGAGUAGAGAAGCAGUCAAGCCUCAAGCUUCCAAAGCAUUUUUUAUAAAUGGAGAAUACUUAAAUUAUGAAACAGCUUGAUAGAGUAUCCUUUUUUAAGAAUUCAAAACUUUUUUAUUGAUAAUGAAGAUUGCUGUUUGAGUUUUUAAAUUUACUCUAGAACAGAAGUAUUAAAAGUAAUGCAGAGCUGCGUUAUUUAAGACUUUCAGCAAAUUAUUUGAUAGAUUGUUCUUAUGACUUGUAUUCUGAUUUCAGAAAACCAUCAUGAGUGUGGAAUAAAUACUGGAUUAAAUCCUUUA